AUGAUUAACAAUUUAUCAUCAAGAGUGCUUGAUUUCAAAGGUGUAAAAGUGGUGGUGUCAGAGGACAAGAUCUACAAGAGUGAAGUCAAGACAAGGGAUGAUGGGGAGAGUGUUAUUGGGUCAAUGGCAACAAAAGAGAUACUUCUUACCAAGGUGGUUAUAGAAUGGACUCCAAGAUGGGUGGAGCUUGACACAAGGGUUGAAGAAUAUGGGGAUCAACAACAAACUCAUAAAGGGGUUCUACUUGAUGUAGAGCCUUCAUCACAAGCAAGGUUCGGGCCCAAGGAAUCCAUCUAA